UUAGGUAAAGGAGUAGUAAUAUUUAUUCCUUGGUUGUUACGGAGCGAAGGCAGAUCAGAUUUUUGGGGGAAAGGCAAUUCGGCUGUAACCACAGAGAGACGCUCUGGAUUCCACCUCUUCCGUCCCUGGCGACGGUUCUUAUGCCGCUUGGCUUUCAGGUUUUAUCGGGCUUGGAUUUAAGGAGCUUUAGUAUCCUUCUUAAGAUAUGGAGAAAGUGUGCUUCUGGUCAAAAUGCUACCAGUUUAGGGUUUUCUCGUUCCAGGAAGUGCUUGACUGGAGGUUUCUCGUCCUUGGAGAUUUUCUUCUGGUUUCCUUUGUUAAUUGCACUUAGUGGUCAGAUCUUAAAUGAAUAUUGCAGAAGGCGUAAUGCCAGUUUUUUCUGAGAUAGGUGUUGGAUCUUUAGCGCACUUGUAUAAUGCAUUGCUGAUACGCCAUCCAGUAAAAAAUUUUGGGAAAACGUCUUCCGGGGGUUAAAGUCUGCCGAACGUGCUUGGGGAUUGCUUAUCAUAGUUGAUAUUAUAUAGGCAAUCGUGUUGAAUCAGUGAAGACUGCAUAGUUCCUUGUUUAAUCGUGCAUCCUGAUGGGUACUCUUUAAAUUGACAAGAUCUAAUUUUAGCUGAAGAUUCUGCAACAACUUCUACGUAGUAUAGAUGAGGUAGCUAUUAGUGAAGUUUUGAACCCUUGGGUGACUGUGCUUUGAGCUAAGGGAUCCUUCCUGUUUGUUGGAUCAUUCAUUUCUGGCUCGCUCCUUGAUUGGCUUCAAUAUGUUCUCUGGUAUUUGUCCUUUCUUAUCGUCUAUCGUGUGCUACUGUCUUGAAGUUGUGGGUUUAGCAAUAAAUAAGGCUGUGCAGCCCGCCCAUCAUAAAUGGUGAGUUCAGCUGGACCAGCAAGGCAGUAUAGUGUUUUUCAUACUGAAGAUAAAUACUAUAUAUCUUUUGUGUGUUCUUGGACUUUCCUUGAAUAAAGAGGAGCUGCUUUUGUUCCAGAAGAAUGGAGAGGUUCAACCUAAUUAAGGAAGUUGGUGAUGGAACAUUUGGGAGUGUCUGGAGAGCUAUUAAUAAGCAGACUGGUGAAGUUGUUGCAAUUAAAAAAAUGAAGAAAAAGUAUUAUUCAUGGGAGGAGUGUGUAAAUCUGAGAGAAGUGAAGUCGCUACGUAAAAUGAAUCAUCCAAAUAUUGUGAAGCUCAAGGAAGUCAUUAGAGAGAAUGACAUCUUGUAUUUCGUCUUUGAGUACAUGGAAUUCAACGUAUACCAACUCAUGAAAGACAGAGAAAAGCUUUUCUCUGAAGCUGAACUCAAGAAUUGGUGUUUUCAAGUUUUUCAAGGUCUUGCUUACAUGCACCAGCGUGGAUAUUUUCAUCGUGACCUUAAGCCAGAGAACUUGUUGGUCACGAAGGACAUAAUUAAGAUUGCUGAUUUUGGUCUUGCUCGAGAGAUCAUCUCACAACCACCGUAUACGGAAUAUGUCUCGACACGCUGGUAUCGGGCCCCUGAAGUGCUGCUUCAGUCAUACCUGUAUAGUUCUAAAGUUGAUAUGUGGGCAAUGGGGGCUAUCAUGUCUGAGUUGUUCACUCUCCGACCUCUUUUUCCUGGUAUUAGUGAAGCAGAUGAGAUAUACAAAAUAUGCAGUGUUCUCGGCACUCCGACCAAGGAUUCAUGGGCUGAUGGACUUCAUCUGGCUAGGGAUAUUAACUACCAGUUUCCUGAGUUUGCGGGUGUUCAUCUUUCUGUAUUGAUUCCCUCUGCAAGCAAUGAUGCGAUCAGCCUUAUUACAUCACUUUGUUCUUGGGAUCCCUCCAAGAGGCCAACAGCUGCUGAGGCCCUUCAGCAUCCUUUCUUCCAGAGUUGCUUCUAUGUUCCACCAUCCCUUCGCUCCAGGCCAACUGUCAGUAGAACACCUCCCUCUGUUGGAACAAGGAGAGCAAUGGAGCAACAAUCUGGUAGGAGACAUUCAGUGGCCUUUUCUAGUUCAGAGUUCACUAGAAAUUAUCCUUCUCCUAAGUUACAUGCUUCUUUAAGCACAGGUGUGCAACGCAAACUUGAUUUGGUUAACCAGGAUGCAAGUAAGAAUGACCAAUCUCUAAAGAGUUCUGUCAAACAAGCAAGAUAUCGGCCACCGGGAAAGAACAGCCCAAUCUCAGUGAACCAGGGAAGGACCACCCGUGGAGUUUUGGAUUCGACUGAGAAGUUGGCAAACAUGACUCUUGGUCCCCCUCGUAGGCAGUAUGUGGGGCAGCCUUGCCCUGCUCCCAUGAAGGCUGGAGGAGUCAAAUGGAAUUCUGGAUCUGGCGAUAUGCUUCUCAGGCCUGCCAAAGACAUUCAGCAAGGCAGAACUUAUGCGAGGAAAGUUGUGGGAUGAAUAGGAUGCUCUUUUAUGUCGUUUACUUAGAUAUGGAAUGUGUUUGUAUUUGCAGUGGAAACACAAAACCUGGAUAUCAGUCAUUCCAUUUCUUUAUGUUUGAGAUAUUGGUCUGUCCUGUUGGAAUAUGUUUGUUGCUCUCGUGUUUGUUACAUAGCAAGUGCUGGUGCUUUUGAUGACA